ACCGUGUCGGGCACCGCACUACGCUAUAACUCUCUCAAGUCCCGCGGUGACUCCAAGUUUGCUAACUUCGUGUUUGGGUCACUGAAGGGGUUCCAGGAGUCCGGCCAGAAGGAGACUUCAGGUUUGGAGGGAUUGCGAGCGAGCGACACCCCUCCCUCCUCCCCAGAGGCCACUGUCCCGGAGGCAGCAGCUGCAGCAGCGGCAACUGCUCGCAUCCCAGUCCGGCUCCGGUUACUGCUUUCCUCCUCCAGCAUCUCCAGACAGACAGGGAAAACCUUGUUCAAGUUUGCUGCAGGACCCGGUCUGUGUGCGAAACUGGGGCUCGAGGACUGGAACCCCUUCCCCGAGCCCCCAUCUUCCGAACCUAAACAAGGGACACAAACAUCGUUUUCUCCUGGGACUCUGCUUGGAGGCCAGCGGCGCUGUUGAGAACAGAUUUUGAAUCUGGGCUGGAGUGGGUGAAGACCAGUGGAAAACAGGUUGUGCUGCCAAUCACAGCAUCUCGGGACCCGAUUGUUCUAUCAAGAAAAUGGCCAUUUCUUCAAACUCAUGCCUGGCCGUCAUCUCCUUGUUGUGUUGUUGGAUGAGGACAGCAUCCUCUCUGAACCUGGAAGACCCCAAUGUGUGCAGCCACUGGGAAAGCUACUCGGUGACUGUGCAGGAGUCAUACCCACAUCCCUUUGAUCAGAUUUACUACACGAGCUGCACCGACAUCCUGAACUGGUUUAAGUGCACACGGCACAGAAUCAGUUACCGGACGGCCUACCGCCAUGGGGAGAAAACUAUGUAUAGGCGGAAAUCGCAGUGCUGCCCCGGAUUUUAUGAGAGCCAGGACAUGUGUGUCCCUCACUGUGCUGAUAAAUGUGUCCAUGGCCGCUGCAUCGCUCCAAACACCUGUCAGUGUGAGCCCGGCUGGGGUGGGACCAACUGCUCCAGUGCUUGCGACGGUGAUCACUGGGGGCCUCACUGCAGUAGCCGGUGCCAGUGCAAAAACAGAGCUUUGUGCAACCCCAUCACGGGGGCCUGCCACUGCGCUGCAGGCUACCGUGGAUGGCGCUGCGAAGACCGCUGUGAACAGGGUACCUACGGGAAUGACUGUCACCAGAGAUGUCAGUGUCAGAAUGGAGCGACCUGCGACCAUAUCACCGGGGAAUGCCGUUGUUCACCGGGAUACACUGGGGCCUUUUGUGAAGAUCUUUGUCCCCCUGGCAAACAUGGGCUACAGUGUGAGCAGAGAUGUCCCUGCCAAAAUGGAGGUGUGUGCCAUCACGUAACUGGAGAGUGCUCUUGUCCUUCUGGCUGGAUGGGCACAGUGUGUGGUCAGCCCUGCCCUGAGGGUCGCUUUGGAAAGAAUUGUUCCCAAGAAUGCCAGUGCCACAACGGAGGAACGUGUGACGCUGCCACAGGCCAAUGUCAUUGCAGCCCAGGAUAUACGGGGGAACGGUGUCAGGAUGAAUGUCCUGUCGGGACCUAUGGAGCUGGCUGUGCGGAGCCCUGCAGGUGUGUUAACGGAGGGAAGUGCUAUCACGUGAGUGGAGCAUGUCUGUGUGAAGCAGGCUUCGCGGGCGAGCUCUGUGAGGCGCGCUUGUGUCCCGAAGGGCUGUACGGCAUCAAAUGUGACAAGCGGUGCCCCUGCCACCUGGACAACACUCACAGCUGUCAUCCCAUGUCUGGAGAGUGUGGCUGCAAGCCGGGCUGGUCUGGCCUCUACUGUAAUGAAACAUGCUCUCCUGGAUUCUAUGGGGAAACUUGCCAACAGAUCUGCAGCUGCCAGAAUGGGGCUGACUGUGACAGCGUGACGGGAAGGUGCGCCUGCGCCCCUGGAUUCAAAGGAAUUAACUGCUCUACCCCGUGUCCUCUGGGAAGCUAUGGGAUAAACUGUUCCUCUCGCUGUCGCUGUAAAAACGAUGCUGUCUGUUCUCCUGUGGAUGGCUCUUGUAUCUGUAAGGCAGGCUGGCACGGGGUAGACUGUUCCAUCAGCUGCCCCAGCGGCACUUGGGGCUUUGGCUGUAACUUAACAUGUCAGUGCCUCAACGGGGGUGCCUGCAACACCCUGGAUGGGACCUGCACCUGUGCGCCUGGAUGGCGAGGGAAGAAAUGUGAACUUCCCUGCCAGGAUGGCACAUACGGGCUAAACUGUGCUGAACGCUGUGAUUGCAGCCAUGCAGAUGGCUGCCACCCCACCACAGGCCACUGCCGCUGCCUCCCUGGAUGGUCAGGUGUGCACUGUGACAGCGUGUGCGCCGAGGGACGCUGGGGUCCUAACUGCUCACUGCCCUGCCAUUGUAAAAAUGGGGCUUCUUGUUCUCCUGACGACGGCAUCUGUGAGUGCGCACCCGGAUUCCGAGGCACCUCUUGUCAGAGAAUCUGCUCCCCGGGGUUUUACGGACAUCGCUGUAGCCAGACAUGCCCACAGUGUGUGCACAGCAGUGGGCCCUGCCACCACAUCACAGGCCUGUGCGACUGCUUGCCUGGCUUCACGGGAGCCCUGUGCAACGAAGUGUGUCCCAGUGGCAGAUUUGGGAAAAACUGUGCGGGCAUUUGCACCUGCACCAACAACGGCACCUGCAACCCCAUCGACAGGUCCUGUCAGUGCUACCCAGGCUGGAUCGGCAGUGACUGCUCUCAGCCCUGUCCGCCUGCCCACUGGGGUCCCAACUGCAUCCACACCUGCAACUGCCACAAUGGAGCUUUUUGCAGUGCCUAUGACGGGGAAUGCAAAUGUACGCCUGGAUGGACGGGGCUCUACUGCACUCAGAGAUGCCCUCUGGGGUUUUACGGCAAGGACUGUGCACUGAUUUGCCGGUGUCAGAAUGGAGCGGACUGCGACCACAUCUCAGGGCAGUGUACCUGCCGCACGGGAUUCAUGGGACGGCUCUGCGAGCAGAAAUGCCCCGCGGGAACAUACGGCUAUGGCUGUCGCCAGAUUUGUGACUGUCUGAACAACUCCACCUGUGAUCACAUCACUGGCACCUGCUACUGUAGUCCAGGAUGGAAAGGAGCACGCUGUGACCAAGCUGGUGUCAUCAUCGUGGGCAACCUGAACAGCUUAAGCCGGACCAGCACGGCCCUUCCCGCUGAUUCCUAUCAGAUCGGUGCCAUCGCGGGCAUCAUCAUCCUGGUCCUUGUUGUGCUCUUCCUGCUGGCACUGUUCAUUAUCUACAGACAGAAGCAGAAGAGGAAAGAGUCCAGCAUGCCAGCGGUGACCUACACCCCUGCCAUGAGGGUCAUCAAUGCGGAUUAUACCAUUGCAGAAACCCUGCCUCACAGCAAUGGUGGAAAUGCCAACAGCCACUACUUCACCAACCCCAGCUACCACACACUCAGCCAGUGUGCCUCAUCCCCCCAUGUCAAUAACAGGGACAGGUUGACCAUUGCCAAGUCGAAAAACAACCAGCUCUUUGUGAAUCUUAAAAACGAGAAUCCGAGGAAGAGAGGUGCCUUGGUGGACUGCACGGGGACCUUACCAGCCGACUGGAAGCAAGGCGGCUACGUCAAUGAGCUUGGCACUUUCGGACUGGAGAGAAGUUACAUGGGAAAGUCUUUAAAAGAUCUGGGAAAGAACUCUGACUAUAAUUCCAGCAACUGCUCCCUAAGCAGCUCUGAAAACCCGUAUGCCACAAUUAAAGACCCACCUGCACUCCUGCCUAAAAGCUCCGAGUGUGGCUAUGUGGAGAUGAAGUCACCCGCGCGGAGAGACUCCCCAUAUGCGGAGAUCAAUAACUCAACUUCGGCCAACAGGAAUGUCUACGAAGUUGAACCUACAGUAAGUGUUGUUCAAGGAGUAUUCAGCAAUAAUGGUCAUCUCACCCAAGAUCCAUAUGACCUUCCAAAGAACAGUCACAUCCCUUGCCAUUAUGACCUGCUGCCAGUAAGGGACAGUUCAACCUCCCCCAAGACAGAGCAUGGUGGUGGUGGCGGUGGCGGCAGCAACAAUAGCAGCAGCAGCAGCAGCAGCAGCAGCGGCAACAGCGAAUGACAUCCAAGGAAUUCUGGGUGAGCGCUGGAACUCUUUCCAGGCCCGCUGUUGAGAUCUCCAUCUUCCAGUUGAUGCUGCAGAUGACGUGAACUAAUCCAAUAAGCAGUUGUUGGACACAUACCAGAAAGCUCCCGGCUGAGGCCGACGCCCAGCAUGGUGUGUUGUAAACAGGUGGUCUGGAAGGAGAGCACUUCAUCAUUUCGCAUUGCGGUUAGGUUAGGAGCUGCAAAGCCAGUGACUUAUUGUAAGAUGUUAGCUGAUGGGGUGAACUUGGCAAAACCUUUCAGAGACACAGGCUUGAGGGGACACUGUAAUUAUCCCUGGAAAAUUAUCGAUGUGUUGUCCUUACCAUCACAGAGACACCCCUAGGAUUGUUCAGGUUACCACACAUUUACUUAGUGACCAUGGAAAUUACUGAACAUGUAGGAGGCAAGGAACAUAUUCCCGGGUCCUUCUACAUCAUGUUUUUCCAUUUGGACUCGGUUUCAUAGGCAGUGUAUGAUCAUGGGAGGAAGCAGUCCGUCGGGCAGUAAAACUGCAUCAAUUUCUAAUAAACACCAGCCAUGGGAACAAAUCUAAAUACAAAAAGGUUUUGUUUUUAGAACGAGAAAUGUACAAUUAAAAUUAUUUUAGAUAUAGCAUAAGCAUUGGAGAAACCAGUACAUAAAUGUGAUAUUUCUGUUUGAUCUUUGGCCCAUGUUAGUUUCAUGACAUCAUUCUAAUUGCUGUCUCUGCCAUGCAUAUUCACCACGUCAGAUUCAUACCUUAUCAGUUAUUCAUAAAUACAAAGAUGCAAUGGUUUUAUUUUUGAUCGAGUGAGUGUGUGACGAGUGCCAGAGGGUGUACAUUUAAGUGUAAGAUGCUUGGGUGUGAUAAACCUUUAGUAAUACAUGCUGUAAUAUAGACUUAGAGGAAUGUUCUCCUUAAUUUUCCCCUAGAAGUGACUGAAAUAUUUUUGUUCAUAUUUGGGAAAAGGGCACUUUCCUUUUUAAUUGUUGAUUUAGAGAAACUAUGCUUAAGCUGGCCUUUUGCAUUGCUAAUGUGACAUGUACCCAUGCCUCUUUAGUUUGUAUUUUCAUUAAGUUGUAUAUUCUAUGUUUUGUAGUGUUUGGAUUGUUAAAUUGCAAGAAUAUGCUAUGGCCAUUGUUUGUUGCAUCAUUGCCAUUCAUUUUCUGCUCAAUACAAAUCCAUCGUUUUUCUUUUGGAGGGAGGAAAUGAAAAUAUACAAUUUGGACUUAUUAAACUGGCUGUUACUAACACAGUAUAGUAGCCGUAGGUACAUAGCAGAUCACUGGAAUGGAACUUUCUAGAGCCCACAGUGGAGCUCUUCUUUCCGUGGUUAAACUCAGGAAGGAGCAGGUACCACAGGUGACGUUACUAAGGACUUCCAUCACGGGGUUAUCGACAACUGACCAUCUAAACUGGAACACUUUUCAUAGUAAAUGCAGGCAUGACUAAAAAUCAUCCUGCAUUUGGUUUAAAUAUGAGCUGUUCCCUGCAGAUUAGAACAGAGGCUUGCCCGGCGCACACUAUUGCAGACACAUCUUUACCCCAGGGCUUUCAUCUCGUGAGAAUGCCAAUGUGAUACGGGAAAGCAUCACCACACACGAGCCUGCAGAGGACGGGAAAGGCGAUGUAAUAUCAUAGCAGAAUGUAGCAGUCGCUGAUGUUCUAAAGAUAGGAAACCCUACAUAGCCUUCUGCUGGAGUCCAUUCAUAAUGGCCUGCUCCGUGCCUGUCUCCUAGCGGGAGCCAUAAAGUAUUGGUCUGGUCAGUCUUCCAGGUGGAACAUCCUAUCAUUUUGCAUGCUACAUCUGUGCCUGUCAUGACGGGGUAAUUUGGUCAGGUGAAUAAUAAAUCUGCAGCAAACACACUUAGGGCAAUUUCUCUUUUAUUAGCUGGAGCAUACUUUAGAAACAAUUGAUUUUUUUCCCCCAGUAGUUAAGCAUUGACUGCUUCCUAGGGAACAAACAUUAAACAGACACAUGGGUUAGCAGCCACAGGAGUCCUUCUUGGUUAUAAAUGAAUAAAAAAGUUGAGCACUUGCUUUUUUCUCUUUUUGAGCAUGAGGGUAAGUUUGAGUUUUCCCUGUUACUCUCUGGAGAUAAGUUUAUAUUUUUCAUUCUACCAUUUGGGGGGAAAAAGAAAGCUUUGUGUGCAAAGGCGUACAAGGAAAGCCUACAGAGCAGAGGAAGACUCCAAAUGGCCGGCAGCAGCAAGCUACCCUGUAGAGUCUGACUGAGGCCGGCAUCCUAGACCGGCAUCCUAGACCCGCAUCCUAGACCGGCAUCCUAGACCCGCAUCCUAGACCGGCAUCCUAGACCCGCAUCCUAGACCCGCAUCCUAGACCCGCAUCCUAGACCGGCAUCCUAGACCCGCAUCCUAGACCCGCAUCCUAGACCCGCAUUCUAGACCGGCAUCCUAGACCCGCAUCCUAGACCCGCAUCCUAGACCGGCAUCCUAGACCCGCAUCCUGGACCUGCAUCCUAGACCGGCAUCCUAGACCCGCAUCCUAGACCGGCAUCCUAGACGGGCAUCCUAGACCCGCAUCCUAGACGGGCAUCCUAGACCCGCAUCCUAGACCGGCAUCCUAGACCCGCAUCCUAGACCCGCAUCCUAGACCGGCAUCCUAGACCCGCAUCCUAGACCCGCAUCCUAGACCCGCAUCCUAGACUGGCAUCCUAACACAAGCCGCUGUCCUGCCCCUUAUCUAGAGCUUAUCUAGCAGUUUCUGUGAGACUUUUCCUAAGUCAGAACACUUCAGAAUUCAGACAUUAUAAAUCCCACGUUCGUUGUCUUUGGAGAGGAAUCUAUUUUCUAGAGGUUUUGCUGUAAUUUCUCUCCAGUCUCCUGUGGCAGAAAGCAAAAAGCACCGAAUGAGCCUGCCAUGUCUUGCACGCGACAGCCAUAUGAGAAUGUGACGCCAGCCGCUACUCUUUGCCUAGAAGUCGAUGUUUUAAAAUUUCUCUCAUUUACUGCAUUACACCCAAACUUGCCCAAGUGAUAACACAUAUAUUUGCUCUCAUUAGGAGAAUAUGAUCAUUGUGGUUAGUUGUAUGAUAAGGGAAUUUUCAUAAUUAUUCACAGUGUUAGACAUGAGCCCAUCCCUGUAGAGUACUAGUAGCAGACAGAAUUCAAUGUGGUUAGCAAUGUUUCUGUGGGUAUUGACCAAGUACAGAAAAACUGACUUUAGAAGCUUGUAACAGAGCAGCACAGCGUGCCAUAGCCAAAUCCAUCAGCAUAAGGACCGCUGACUAGAGAAAUGCAGGCUACUUUAUGGAGAUAUGGUCAUUUGGACCUCAGUGGGCUGUAACAGUGGUCAGUCCUGGGGAACUUUUCAACCAAAUAUUAAAGUCCAACAUAAGCAUCAUAAUAUCACCAAUAAUUCACAUUGAUAUUGGAGCUCUACAAUUCAAGUAAGACAAAAAUCAUAACAGUUAAUUUAAGGGCUGUGGUUUUAAAAUAAUGAAUGUUCCAUCUCUGGGUAACAUGUCCUUAUUAUUUCAAUGAAACACUUAAGGGCUACUUUGAUUUUAAAGUUUUAAUACCAUGGACAUGUCCAGAGGCUUGGUGUGAAGUGGUUGGUUAUGAAGCAUGGGAUGACACACAGUAAGCUGCCCCAUAGAGCCCUGUUCGUUAUUUUGUCUCAGCUUUGUUUUGAUGUGAGCAAAUUGCAAAAUAUCUAUAUAUAUUUUAAAAGGAAAAAAAUUCCAACCGCAGUCUGGUUUACUUGGUAACAGCAAACAAAAUUAACGUUUUGAGUGUUAAGCUAUCUCUCUUUUCCAAAGAUGAUAAACCUCCUCAGCAUUGGUUUUGCUGUCAUUUAUUCUGCCAAGUAGGUUUAUAGAUGAA